AUGGACUUGGCUGGACCUGCAAUGUCCCCCUUGGGUGAUAGACGACAAGCGCAGCCACGGCCGACAAUAGGCAAAGUCACAAUGAUCUACGGCAACCGCUCGAUAUACGAGAGAGGCCUGAAAACACACGAGGAGCAUGCUCGCCGAUUCGGUUACCCAGUGUCUGUUCUUCGCAAACCCACGUUGAGCGGCACGUACAGCAAGUGUGCGAUCCUCCUCGCUGAAAUGCUCCAUGAGUUGGAGAAACCUGCAGACAAGAGACUCGAGUGGCUUUUCUGGUUUGACAGCGACACGGUCCUGAUGAAUGCGAAUAUGCCCCUCGAGGUCUUUCUGCCUCCUCCGACUCUCCCAGAUGUUCACCUUUUACUCACCAAAGACUGGAACGGACUGAAUAAUGGCGUCUAUUUCAUUCGAGUCAACGAGUGGUCGGUGAGGUUGCUUUCUGCAACGAUAGCCUAUCCUUCAGUCAAUCCAGACGUUACCCUCGCCUGGCAAGAUCAAUCCGCCCUGAGCAAUCUUCUCGAUGAGAACGAAUAUUUCCGGAAACAUACAGUCUAUUGCCCACUACGAUGGUUCAAUGCAUACAUGAGGUCGCCGGACGCUUUGAGACCGAACCCAGAUUCACCAGAACAUCUUCAAGUGCACCCAGGAGAUUUGCUGGUGCAUUUCCCCGGGACCCCGAGCGAUCACCUGGACCAAACGCUAACGCCGUAUUUGGAAAUUGCGGAAAAUCACGCUGCCGAGUGGGAGCUACCCUUGGAACAAACUGGUUAUAUUGAAGAAACCAAAGAAUUUUGGGCUAAAGUGACCUGA